AUGGAUGAAGAGGGUCAGACCAACCGCGAGGCCAACCUCAAGGAGGCCGUACGUUUCUGGCGGGCGUGGAAGACGGUGCACCAGAUGUGCAAGGACCGGGGAUACGAACUCACCGAUGAGGAAGUCAACCCCUCCCUCGACAAGUUCAAAGACGAGUACACCAACCACGAUGGCAGCGUGAACCGCCCGCGCCUUCAGUUCUCGGCCCGCCCCAGCGAGGAGAUGAUCAGGAAAUGCACACCACCGGCGACGCCUUCGAACCCGAGCCCCGAGACCGAGUGCGGCGAGAUCUACGUCGAGUUCAUGGCCGACAACCAGAUGGGCGUCAAGGAGAUCAAGAAGUUCGUCCAGACUGUGUCCGCGGGCAACUUCCGCGCCGGUAUUAUGGUUACCGUCGGCGCCCUGUCCCCGCAGGCCCGCAAGGCCAUCGGCGCCACCAGCGCCUACACACAGAUCGAGUGCUUCCUGCUCGAGGACCUGCUGGUCAACAUCACCCACCACGACCUCGUGCCCACCCACGUCGUCCUUAGUAAGGAGGAGAAGGCUGCGCUGCUCAAGAGGUACCGUCUGAAGGAGACCCAGCUUCCGCGUAUCCUGCUUAAGGACCCUAUUUCGCGGUACUACGGGUUGAGGAGGGGCCAAGUCGUCAAGAUCAUCCGGUCGAGUGAGACGGCAGGCCGGUACGCCAGUUACCGAUUGUGCGUCUGA